AUGCCGCAACUCGGAAGUCAAACCUUCAAACUACAAGGAUGUAGUUUCAACAUAAACGUACAGGACGUCCUGAAGGCAUUCUUUAGGAUCGAGUUAGUGGGAGGAGAUAAUGAAAGCGGGGAGGAGCUCGCCGGGAUAUCCGAAUCGAAAAUUGAUGUCGACGAUCCUACAUUGGAUAAAAAUGUUGCUCCGGCUCAAAAGAAUGAGAGUGAGAAAGACCAGGUGAACGCUAUGGCCAAGCUCAAAGAGCGGUUGGAGUUGGCCGAGAUGAAUUGCUCAAUGCUGGAAGAGCUAUACCUAAGGUAUAGAGUUCGUUGGUUGGAGGAAAACUAUCGAGUAAGGGCGUUGAAAGUAUACGCGCCGGAUGGAGUCAAUACUCACUCUCCCCGUCAAAUCACAUGCGACGCCCCCUCUCCUGCACAAAGCGAAUAUGAUGCUGAACUUCAGGGCCAAGAGUAA